CGCCGCCGCCGCUGCCGUUGUCUAUUGAGUCGGCUUGGCGUGGUUCGGUGGUGUUUGGUGUUGGGAGCAAAUGCGCGCGUUUAAAUUUCUAUGGAUCUAAUCUCCGUUUGGAAAGGUUCGACGGUGACGGAGGAGCGACGCCUUUGCAAGUCUCGGUGGAACGCCGCCUGAAGCCGGCUUUCCGGUAGACCGUGCGCCCGGGGAUACGCUUCGCGAUGGCGCUUCCCCCAAGACUGAUCUGUGCCGUAGUCGUACUGGUCGCGCUUUGGGUACCCAGUCACAGCAAGACGAGUUCAGACAAGGUGCUGGUCCUACCGGAUGACGUCUACCCUGGCCUUAGCGUGAAACAGCUUCCCUACCUGGGUCAGUCCUUUAGCCUGACCGGAGAACCCCGAGUAGCCCGUUGCUUCAGCAUGCUUAGCGACGGUCUGCUCAUGGUCGCCACCAACGUGUCCCAUUUGGUCGGGAAGCCGGGCAAGUUGGUUGUGACCGAGACAGACUUUCCGAGUUGGCCGCGCACGCAUCGAGAUCGCGAGCUGCUCGUGCACGUAAUUCCCAAGCAGCAGCUUCUCAAGUUUCCCAAGUCCGAGCUCCGGGGUGCCGUGCUCGAGAACGAGUGCGCCGGGACGACGGUGCUCGAGUUGGACGGUGCUACGCGGGACGCCAGCCGCGGCGUCAAGUACGAACUUGUGCCCGACGAGGACGGCAGCCACGAGGACUUCAGCGUGUCCCGGUUGUACGCCAACUCUACGCGGCUGGCUCUUCGCACCAGCCGGCCGUUGGAUCGCGAACGUCGCCGCCGCUACGAGCUGAAUCUUCGGGCCUCCGACGACGUUGACUCGGCGCUGACGCGCCUCUUGAUUGACGUGCUGGACGUGAACGACAACGACCCGGUGGCGGACAGGGAAGCGUACGUGUUUCGCGUUUCCCGCGACUCUGAGCCGUUCACCAUCGUGGGCAACGUGAGCGCUUCGGACGCGGACGGCGACAGCGUCAGCUUUCGCCUGGCCGAGCGCCACCCGUUCUUCACCGUGGUGCCCAAGACGGGCGAGCUCAUGGUCACGCGCGGCCUCGAGCCCAAGUCGUACCUGAUGAGCUUGCGUGUGGGCGACCGCGGCAAGCCACAGCGAUUCGGACGCGCUGUCGCCGUCAAGGUGGAGGUGUUCGAGCCGCCCACGCCGCGCAGCCUGGAAACUUCGCAGACGCGCGUGCGUCGCUCCACGGUCACGAUACGGCCGACCAAGACGUACCGCUUCGAGGAGACCAAGGGCCGCGACGUCAACAAGACUGUCUUCACUCUCGACAAGAAGGCGGUCGACGAGACCUUCGAGCUCGAGAAGGCCGAUCGCUGGGUCUACGUCAGCCCGAACGGCGACGUUCGCGUCAAGGAAAAAUGGGACUACGAGCAGCUGGAUAAGGAGAAGUCCAUCGACUUCUGGGUGCUGGCCCGGUCCCCUGGAAGAGCUGAGAAGGAGCGGCAACGAAUCAUCAUCCGGAUAGCGGACGUGAACGAUGAGCCUCCCUACUUUAUCAACCGGCCGAUUCCGAUGCAGGCUGUUGUACAGUUGAAUGCCCCGGCCGGCACUCCUGUCUUCAAGUUGCAGGCCAGGGAUCCGGACACGGACCACAAUAUUCGCUACUCUAUUGUGCGCGACAGGAGUGGCAACAGGUUUGACGUGGACCCGCAUUCGGGCGAGGUGGUGACCCUUGGCAAUGCACCAUUCAUGCUGGACAAGGAGUACGUGCUAUAUGUCAAGGCUGAAGAUCUGAAUGGCCAAGUUGGAGACAGACAGCACCAAUCAACACGUGAAGAACGCCUCUCAGUGGUUGGCGGCAAGCGCCAACCUCAGUUUUAUGUGCCAUUCUAUGAGGCUGUGAUACCGGAGAAUCAAAAGAAAGACUCUGACAUCAUCGAGGUGAAGGCCAAAUCUUUUGCCGAUCGGGAAAUUCGGUACACCCUGCGAGCCCAGGGCAAGGGAGCUGGUACCUUCAACAUCGGACCUACCAGUGGAGUGGUGAAGUUGGCCAAAGAGCUUGACUAUGAAGACCUCAGGCAGCCAAAGUCUUACUCCCUGAUUGUGACCGCAACUGAAGACUCUGGAGGAUUCUCAACAUCAGUUGAACUAACUAUCAAAGUUACUGAUGUUAAUGACAACGCUCCACGAUUUGAACUGCCCGAUUACCAAGCCCACAAUGUUGAUGAAGACAUAGCAGUAGGAACAUCGAUACUUCAAGUGUCAGCAACGGAUAUGGAUACAGGCCGUAAUGCUGAGCUCACAUACUCUCUUGAUAAAGAAGAUUUCACCAUUGACAGCAGGGGUGUAGUGUACUCCAACCGGCGUCUCGACGCUGAUGUAAACAACACGUAUGUGCUGACUGUGCGUGCCACGGACAGAGGGGAGCCUCCCUUGACAGGCACUGCCACAAUACGUAUCUACACUGAAAACAAGAACGAUGAGGCACCGAAGUUCAGCCAGGAUGUCUACACACCAAAUGUAGAUGAAAAUGCUGGACCCAGCACUCUUGUAACUACUGUAGUGGCCAGUGACAAGGAUGGCGAUAACAUCCUCUUCGGAUUUGUCAACAGUGGCACUACGUCUGGCAUGUUCCAGAUUGAGGAGAGAACAGGUGUUAUUCGACUCAUCAAUGGCCCCAUACACCUAGACAAAGACAAGUAUGAGCUCAAUGUGACAGCACGAGAUGAUGGUGCCUGCUGUCGCAAUGGGGCUUUGACCCCUCAUACAAGCACAGCCCUUGUGGUUGUAUUCAUAACAGAUGUAAAUGACAACAAGCCUGUUUUUGACGAGUGCCAGACGUAUACACCAAAGGUAGAAGAGGGUGCACAGAGUGGAACAUCAGUCAUCAAGGUGAAAGCAAAAGAUCUUGACAAGGGCCACAAUGGUCAAGUACGCUAUUCCAUUGUUCAGCAGCCUAAUCAAAAAGGCACGAAGUUCAGUGUCGAUGAGCUAACUGGAGAAAUCAGGACAAACAAGGUUUUCGACCGGGAAGGUGAUGAUGGCCGCUUUGUUAGUGUCACAGUAAAGGCAACGGAUCGUGGUAGCCCGCCCUUGGAAGGAGUUUGUUCAUUCAAAGUGGAAAUAACGGAUAUCAACGACAACCCGCCUCUAUUUGACAGACAAGAGUAUAGAGAAAAUGUGAAGCAGGAUACGCAGGUUGGGAUUCACAUCCUGAGAGUUUCUGCUUCUGAUGAAGAUGCAGAUAAUAAUGGUGCCAUUGUCUACAAUCUGACAGCACCUUAUGACCCUGAUCACCUGGCCUAUUUUUCCAUCAACCCAGACUCUGGCUGGAUAAGCCUGCAAAAGGCCCUUGAUCGUGAUCAAUAUCAGCUACGAGCCAUUGCACUGGAUAAAGGUGUUCCUCAACACCAAGCAACGGUAGAAGUCAUCAUUGAUGUGGUUGACAGGGCUAACAAUCCUCCCAUAUGGGACCAGCCUGUGUAUGGUCCCAUAUUUAUCAAGGAGAACCUCGAAGUCGGCAGCCGCGUCAUUUCUAUCAAAGCUAGAUCUGGAAUUCCAGAGAAUCCUGAUGUGUUCUACACGCUGAUGAAAGGAAGUACUGAGCAGACCAACAAGAAGGACACUUUCUAUUUGAACCAGAAGGUGGAGAAUGGCCACACAGUAGCAGAGCUGGUGGUCAAUUAUCCUCUUGAUUAUGAACGCAUCCAGCAGUACAAUCUCACCGUUCGGGUUGAGAACAAUGGCAUCCAACAGUUGGCAUCUGAAGCAACUGUCUACAUAGUCCUUGAGGACGUCAACGAUGAGAUCCCCCUCUUUAUAGAGCGAGAGCAAGAGACUGUGCUCGAAGGUUUGCCUGCGGGGACCAAGGUGACUACGGUCCAGGCACAAGACAAGGACGGCACCUACCCCAACAAUAAGGUUUACUAUGAUAUAGAAUCUCGAGACCAUGGUGACAAGUACUUUUCUAUCGACAAGGAUUCUGGAGACAUCUUUACAAGAGUAGAGUUUGACAGGGAGGAAAAGAUGGCCUAUGCAAUUUUGGUUCGGGCUGAAGAUGGUGCUCCAUCGGCGAGGCCUCACAUGACAGACAAUCGGCCUAACUCAGUGACCAAGUACAUCCGCAUUGGAAUCGGCGACAAGAACGACAACCCGCCGUACUUCGGCCAGGCACUCUACGAGGCUGAGGUAAACGAGGACGAGGAUGUGCAGCACACUGUCAUCACGGUCACUGCCAAGGACAAGGACGAAUCCUCGAGGAUACGCUACGAGAUCACCCAGGGGAACAUAGGAGGAGCGUUUGCGGUGAAAAAUGAGACUGGCGCCAUCUACGUGGCAGGCCCGCUCGACUACGAGACCAGGAAAGAGUUUCGGCUGCGGCUGGUGGCAUCAGAUAACCUCAACGAGAACCACACAACAGUGCUCAUCAAGGUCAAGGACGUCAAUGACAAUGCUCCCAUCUUUGAUCGUCCCACAUAUGAGGCCCAGAUCACUGAGGAGAAUGACCGGAACCUUCCUCAGAAGAUACUUCAGGUGACAGCAACUGAUGGCGACAAGGACAGAGAGUCCUUGAUAGUUUACUUUCUGACGGGUCAAGGUGUUGAUGAAGACCCUGGUAACAGCAAGUUCGCAAUCAACACAACCACUGGAGAGAUAUAUGUACUAAAACCAUUGGACAGGGACCUUCCACAUGGGCGUUCCCAGUGGCGCUUCACUGUCUUUGCGGAGGAUGAAGGGGGCAACGGUUUGGUGGGCUUUGCGGACGUUCUCGUCAACCUCAAGGACGUCAAUGAUAAUGCCCCCUUCUUCCCAUCAGCAAUUUACACUGGCAAUGUCACAGAAAAUGGAACAGCUGGUAUGACUGUCAUGACAAUGACUGCUACAGACUAUGACGAUCCCAACGAAGGCAACAAUGCAAGACUUGCUUAUUCCAUCGAGCAAAAUCAGGUUAAUGAAAACGGGGAACUCAUUUUCACCAUCGAUGAAGAAACCGGUGUUAUCUCAACAGCAGUCUGCUGCUUAGAUCGUGAGACAAACCCAGAGUACACCAUCAAAGUAGUGGCAGUUGACGGUGGAGGGCUCAAAGGUACCGGGACCGCCACAAUCAAGAUCAAAGAUAUCAAUGACAUGCCGCCAGAGUUUACCAAAAAAGACUGGUUUGUAGAUGUUGAAGAAACUGAAGCAGACAAUAUUCCUGAGAACCCAAUCUUGGUUGUAUCAGUCAACGAUGGAGAUUUACUAGAAACUAAUCGGUUUAGCUACAAAGUUAUUGACAACACAUUUGGCUCUGAUAAAUUCACUAUGGUCACCAAUUCUGAUGGAACUGGAUCACUGAAGAUUGCCAAGCCUCUUGACUAUGAGGAUUUGCAGCAACGGUUUGGCUUCAAUAUCACUAUUCAAGUUAGCGACAAUGGUGGUGAAUCCACUGAUCCGUACCAUGCGGACUAUGCUAAAGUGAAAGUCAGAGUUAAGGACAUAAAUGACAACAAACCAGAGUUUGAACGUCCUAACAUUGAAGUGUCAGUCCCAGAGAACUCCACUGUUGGCUCAAGUCUUGCAACAUUCAAAGCCACAGAUGCUGACCAAGGCGGAAAGUCACGUGUCAGCUACAUGAUUGACCGUUCGUCUGACAAGAAGCGACAGUUCAAGAUUAAUCCUAAUGGUGUUGUUGAAAUUCAGCGAACACUUGACAGAGAGGACAUUCCGAGACAUCAAGUCAAGAUUCUGGCUAUUGAUGAUGGUGUGCCUUCACGGACAGCAACCGCAACAUUGACUGUCGUAGUUAGUGACAUCAACGACAACCCACCCAGAUUCCAGUAUGACUACAGGCCAGUCAUUCCAGAGCACACACCUCCCCAGAAAGUGCAAGAGAUUUUGGCCACUGAUGAUGACGAUCGUUCUAAAAACAACGGCCCUCCAUUUACUUUCCGCAUGGAUCCCAAUGCCCCAGAGCUUAUUCAGCAGUUCUUCAGAGUGGAACAUGACCCAACUGGUGCGAAUGGAGAUGGUAUGGCUGUGGUGCGAUCUCGAGAAACAUUUGACCGAGAGACGCAGAAGGAAUAUUUGGUUCCCAUUCUUAUCAAGGACAAUGGAAACCCAUCUCUCACGGGGACGUCUACUCUCACUGUCAUUAUUGGAGAUGUUAAUGACAACCGCAUGCACCCUGGCAGCAAAAGCAUCUUUGUGUACAACUUCAAGGGGGAGUCUCCACCAACAAAAAUUGGACGCAUUCAUGUUGAGGACCUGGACGAUUGGGACUUGCCUGAUAAGACAUUCUUUUGGGAGAAUAAUAAUGCUCAUCCUAACUUCGACAUGGAUGGCCACACAGGCAUGAUCACUAUGCUCAACUCAACAGGAGCUGGCACCUAUCAUUUACGCUUCUUAGUGUACGACCGUAUGCAUACAAUGGAUGCCCAUGCCAACGUGACAGUAACUGUCAAAGAAAUCCCUGAGGAAGCCAUCUACAAUUCUGGCUCCAUACGCGUCACUGGCAUUACUGAUGAAGAUUUUAUAAGGGUUUGGGACUGGAAAAAGCAACGACAAGUGAAAAGCAAAUAUGAAAUCUUUCGAGAUCUGAUUGCUGAGCGAAUCAAGACAAAGCCGUAUAAUGUCGACAUCUUCAGCGUCAUCCUCAAGCAGUCACGCCCACCUAUAACUGAUAUACGGUUCUCUGCUCAUGGUUCUCCAUAUUACAAGGCCAGUUUACUAAAUGGUGUGAUUGCAGUGAAUCGGCGAGAGAUUGAAGAGAAAGUGGGCAUUAACAUUACUAUGGUGGGCAUUGAUGAGUGCCUCCUGGAAAAUCACAAUUGUGAAGGUAGCUGCACUAAUGUGCUUAUGAUUGAUCGUAACCCUGUAAUGGUGAACGCUAAUCGAACAUCCUUUGUGGGAGUGAAUACUUGGGUGAAGGCAAAGUGUACGUGUGGUGCUCGAGACUUUUCCGACAUCGAAUCCUGCCGCAAAAGACCUCCUCCAUGCUACAACAAUGGCCGUUGUGUCGACACAUAUACAGGAAUCAGCUGUCGGUGCCAGUCUGGAUUCCAUGGACCACAGUGUCAACAAACUACACGACAUUUCAAUGGCAAGGGCUGGGCUUGGUUCCCUCCUUUACAGCAGUGUGAAGACUCCCAUCUGAGCCUAGAGUUUAUGACAGAGCGCCCAACCGGACUACUGUUGUACAAUGGGCCUAUCUCCCGGCCUGACCCAGGGGAAAUAGUCAUUCAAGACUUCAUUUCUCUGGAACUCAAUGCAGGAAGGCCUAGGCUGCUUUUAGACUUCGGUUCUGGCACAGCAGAACUCUUUGUUGAUGUUGAGGAGCAUCUCAACAAUGGCAAUUGGCACCGACUGGAUGUGUUUUGGGACCGACAGUCUGUACGAUUAAUGGUUGACAACUGCAUGCUAGCACGAACUCACGAGGGAAAUCAAACCAUUGAUCGAUCCCGUUGUGAGAAUAGCACUCAGGUGCCGGAGUUCAACGAGUUCCUGAACGUAAAUACUCCACUUCAGUUGGGCGGAACUCAUGUUGGGGGCAAAGACCUUGGUGCAUAUGCUUGGCGGCAUCGACAUACCACAGAGGGAUUUCAAGGCUGUAUUAAAAAUGUUGUCCAUAACAGUGAGAUGUAUGACCUUGGCUCUCCUGGAAGCUCAUACAACAGUGUGACUGGCUGUCCUCCUGCUGAGAGCUCGUGCAGUGAGGCAGCACUACUUCACCAGUCCUGUGGUCAUGGCCACUGCCUGGGUACCUACAAAGGAGCAGAAUGUGUUUGUGACCCUGGCUGGCAUGGGCCAAAUUGUGACCGGGAAACACAGUCCAAGAUGUUCCAACAAAGCAGCUACAUCAAGUACGCACUGCCAUUUGAUCCUCAUCCGUACAAGACUGACAUCCAACUGCAGUUUCGUACGCGUCAAAAGCACGGAGAGCUUUUCCGCAUCACAAGCAAACAUGGACGGGAGUACUGCAUUCUUGAGAUCCGGGACAAGAAGCUGCGCUUUCGAUUCAACCUCGACCGAAGUCGCUCCUCUGAAGAGCGUGAGCUGUGGCUUCCAUGGGUGUGGGUGAAUGAUGGCCAGUGGCAUACAGUGCGUGCCCUGCGCUAUGGUGCUUCAGCCAGCCUGGCUCUAGAUGGAGGCAGUGGGCGGCGCUUCAACGAGCUUUUGGAUUGGCAAAGUCCCCACCAGCACAUGUGGGUUGAGAAGCAGAAUGUCAUUGCAGGUGGAGAUGUCCAGUAUGUUGGUCCUGGUGUGACUGUUGUUGACAACGAUUAUCAAGAAGGCUGUAUGAAUGACAUCCGGCUGGAUCAACACUAUUUACCAAUGGAGAGUGGUUCUGAAUAUGCAGCUGUAGUCGAAUGGCGCAACCUAAUUGAUGGAUGUCCAUCCAACAACCCCUGCCAUGGUAUCAGUUGUCCACGACCCUUCGUUUGUGUAGACCUGUGGAUGCUCCAUGAAUGCAGGUGUGUGGAAGGUUUCACACCAACGGAAGACCGACUUGACUGUGAGGACAAGGACGAGUGCCUGGACGAGCCAUGUGGUUACACGGGUCAGUGCACCAAUCUGCCCCAUGGCCAAGGCCACACAUGCCUCUGCCAUGAAAGCCUCGAGUGCCACAACUGCAGCUGCUUUGACGUUGGUGCUGGUGCACGCAUGACCAACACAUCCCUUGCCCUUGGGCUGGAAGCCCUGCUCAUUAUCCUGGCCUGUCUAGUGGUGUACCUGCUUUUGGUCUUGGUGAUUGUGGCAUACACACGGAGUCGGCGCUCAGAUCAGAAAUUUGGCCAUGGUGGAGUGGAUGAUGAUGUACGAGAGAACAUCAUUAGCUAUGAUGAUGAAGGUGGUGGAGAAGACGACAUGAAUGCUUAUGACAUAACACCACUGCGAAUACCAGUUGAUGCAUCUGGUAUGCAGAUUGGUGCUAAGCCUGGUCCAGAGAAAGCACCAACUCUGCAGACGGAAGUGCGUGUGCGGGAACCAGCACCCACCGGGGCCCACCCAGAUGUGGGUGACUUCAUUCGAGACCACCUGGACAAAGCUGAUCAAGACCCUGGGGCUCCACCUGUAGAUGACUUGCGCAACUAUGCCUACGAAGGAGGUGGCUCCACAGCAGGCUCACUCAGCUCCCUGGCCUCGGAGACUGACGACCAUGAGCAGCGCUUUGACUACCUCAAUGGCUGGGGGCCCCGCUUCCAGAAGCUGGCCGACAUGUACGGACAGGGCGAGAGCGAGGAGGACUAGGCUUCAUUUGCACAAAUGUUCCUUUGUCCCCCAUUUCAUUGACCCUUAGUCAUUGAUUUCGUUCACUUUGACCUGCUCUCUUGUCCACUCACAUUAGCCAUUCACCCACACACUCUAGUUGCACAGCUCACGGUAGAUAGGGGCAUCUUAUCUUAUUAUUUUAGCAUGUGUUCUGAUUAGAUCGAAAAAUGUCAAAGAGGUUAUACCACAUAUAAUAUGCUCGUUCUUUAUAUUGCCAUUUUGCCAUAAUUAUCAUCUCUGCUUGAUUAUCACAGCUGCAGAUUUUCUUAGCUAUAGUGUAGAAAUUGUGUCUUGCUGAAGACUGGACAACCCAUGCUUUAUUUAGCGUUUCAGGAAUAUUUCAAUGUAUGUACACAUGCCGUUAUGACUUAAUACUUGUGUGCCAUCUGAAUAUCCUUAUAACCAAGUCUGUCGACUUGGUUUGUCAUGUGUGAGCUAAAGUUGCCCCUACAUCGUGCCCUGUGUUUGGAGACUUGGAUGCCCAAAUCUGCCUCGUGCCUUCCUUAAGGCUGGUCAUUAAACCAUUCCGAAGUGUUUCCCGAUUCAUUCUGUGUAUAGUUUUGUUUUAAACCUGUUCUGACAGUCAUCAUAAUCACAUGUGCAAAAGCGAGUGCUUGUUUUCUGUAACAUUUCUGCGGCUGUGUGGUGCAAUCUCUUUUAAAGGGCAGUAUACAAGUGAGCUGGGUUGCUCCUGUCUUCCGUGACACUAUCAUCUCCAGAAUCCAGCAGUAUUUCUCUCCCAUUAGCAUUGUUAUAUUUUUCUUUGUAUUAAUAUUUAAACUAAUUCACUUCAGUGUGGCCAUAUAGAGAGAACUCUACCAUUCUCAUUUGUUGGCGGAGAAAUAAUGCAUGCUUGAGGUUGUGUUUUGUUGCCAAGUGCCAUCACAAACAUGCACAUGGCCUGAGGAAAUUGCCACUGCCCUUGAUUUAUGUUUACAUAAUGUUGAUGCAUACUUUAAUUGAAACACUUUGCGGGUAUGCUUUUGCCAUAUUGAUAUUUACUUGUCUAGAACACAAGAUGUUUUGAAGCUUUGUGCUUGCACUGACACCACUUUUUACAACUUGUGAUUGAGCCAGCAUUUUCGCCUGCCUUAAGGCUCGAAUGAAAUUCAAAAACUGCCCAAAUUUUUGUGCAGCUUUUUUUUGUGUGUGUGUAUAUGAAAUUGUUUGUUGUAAAGUUAUUUGUCCAAAAAUUGUAUAGUAUAAUAUAGUAUGUUUUAGGUAAUUAAAGUUUACAACUAUGAAUUAUGUUCUGACAUGGCAGCUAUGGAUUCAAGGUCUCAGUUUUAGGCAGUUAUUUUUGUAACACAUCACAUGUUGCAUGGAGAUUUUCUCUUCGUGCCGAUGUGACUCGCAUGUGCCCCUCCCUUCCCUUUUUUACAGUGAAACCCAUCCUGCCCAUUUUAAUGUCCUGAACUAAUCCUCGCGAAUGUCUACUACACUCUCAAUCGUCCCUCGACGUUCUGCCGAACACUUCUCGCGGUACGUUCUUUCUGUGCGUGCUUAGGUCAGGGAAGAAGAGGUUGCUGGAGUCGUGAGCGAUUAACUUGUGCUGCACGGGUGCCAGGAAGCCUUUGGUCCGUGCGCAUACUCCAAGGUGCAUUCCAUUUUUUAAGGCGACAGUGCUGCUUUAUGCCUCAAAUGUCGCUGUGCCAGUCAGGAUAUCUGGGUCCUCCCUGCAGCACGCUAGAGAGUCUGUUUUCAGGGGUCUUCUGUCAUCGCGUUGCUCCUCUCACAACACUACCAUCCAGAAACAUGCAGCUUCCACCAAGACAAAGUGAGCAGCUGGUUCCUUUGUUACCUAGGAAGUGAGACAAAGGGGGUUAUUUAUUAUUAUAUCAGAGUUGUAUACACACAGGAGGGAGAGAGCAUACAUCCAUUAUGGUUCCCUGCCUUUCUUGUGCGACACAGUGGAAGGUGCAGUGUUUUUCUACGCGUUACUGUAUACAACAUGCACAUUAUACUUGAAGCGUGUUCACCCAGUGCAAGUGUGUCUGGUUGUAUGGGUGUAUUAAAAAAAAAAAGCGUGCAUCUUAGCCUUGUAUGUGUCUUGCAUUUGUCAGCAGCAGCUCAUUUUUGUUCAGCAGAAGCCAAAAUGCUCAAGUCUAAGCAAAUUUUUUUUUUUUCCACCUACGUAAACUUGCAACAAAAAUGCUCAUUGUGACAGUGCUGCGAUUGUACCACGGUAUGUAGAGAGCUCCUGCUUGAAAAUAAGGUUGUGUUUCCUACUUUGUGAGAGGCUGAACUUAACAGAUAAAAUAUAUUAUUUGCUUUAAUUUUUUUUCAUGCGCAGAUUCAUCAAGGUAGGUUUCAGUUUAAUUGAUAUGCAGCUUUAUAAAGCUGAACAAUGAAAUUAUCAAUAUAUUGGUGCUGAUGUAUUGUGAUGCUGUUUAGAAACCUUUUUAGAAUUUGUUUGGACAUGAGCUUUCAGGCACUUUUAUUCUUUUAGACAAUAUUUGUCUGGCUUUUUUUUUUCUGAUAUCAGCAUGGUCUAAGUGCUACGCUGAACAUGCCAUUCAUUCCAGGUGUGUUUCAGUACAGUAUGUUGUGUUUUUAGUUGAAAUGAAUUCUUGUAUGUCAAAUGUCAUCAUUAAUUUCAUUAUUUUAAUUUUUAACAAUUGUCACAUUGUGCUAGUCACACCUGAUUGCAGAAAAUGUCCAAUGGAGUGCACUUGCCUUGUGGUUUUCAGGUGCACAUCUGCUGCUGUUAAGUGAAGUGGUGAUGUGCACAUGUGGUGUACACUUUCUUUUUGUGCAUAUACUCUUCAAGUCCUAUUCAAAGUUGUUGCCCUUCUGCCCUCAGUACUGUGGUGUUUCUUAGCUGCAGCUGCACAAAUGGGCAGUGGUCACGCUUUUGUUUGUCCCCCUGCUGUGAGUGAGUUAGCUGCAGCUGCGAAAAAGUUGAACAAAGCUGUGCACGCACUGUUGAAGCAACUACCAGCAGAAAAGCAAAGCCAUCAAACAUGUAUUAUGUAUAUUACAUAUAAGUGAGAGAGGAAGAGUGCAGGUAGGGAUUGUAAUGUUGGUAUGUAUGCGUGCGUGUUUGUAUGUUCUGCUUUUUUUUUUUUGUAAUUUAGAGAACAGCAGUGCCGAGCUCCAGUUUUAUUUCAUGAUAGAAAUUUUUCCAGUACUUCAGCAUUGUGUUUGCAAGGUAAGCACUCUGUUUCUGCAAGCACAGAGGUCAUAUUCUCUGUCGUUUGCCUUUCUGGCAUGUGCUGUGUAUGUGUGUUCCCUGAGCAGUGGUAGCAUAGAUGGUUGAGUUCCUUGUCUAAUUUUGGAGACUGUGUUGAUGAAGUGCCUAGUGACCUCACUCAUUCCCCCAUCUGUGCUUGCAGACUCUGGGUGCUGCUUUGCGUGUGUGUGGUACUUCAAGUAAUGUUGUGAACGGGAAAUCUUGUGCAGCUCUUUUGUUCUUGUGACACAGGAUUUUUUUUGUUUGUUAUCUCUCCUCCCCCCCAUCCCUACUUGUCAGGUUUAUUGCAUGUAUGUAUUAUACAGGACCUGUCUGAUUUCUGGCCCUCACCUUUACCCCUCCAGUGUGACUGCCAUGCGUUAUAUGCUGAGAGUCGCACAUCGUUGGAAGGUUUUAAUGAGAAUUGUGCUUGUGUACUAAAGUUCUUUUUUGGGUGUUUUACAAUGAGCUGUCUUUGCUUCAAGUAUGUAGAUGUUAGGUCAUAAUUUUGAAGUCUUAAUAAAAGCCACAUAUGUUAAAUGAUA